GAAGUUGUUGUCUACAUCCUUAAGUUGUGUUUCAGUGAUGCUCUGACAGUCAGCAGCAAGACACCAUGGAGGUCACAGCUCUCUGCUUCAGACUGUUGAUGCUUGGAGUCACUCUGCUGAACACUUACACUCAGAGAAGUGAUGCAGCUUUUCUGCGCGUCACUCCAGACAGACUGCAGCACUUUGAAUAUGAGCCUGUGUCUUUUCACUGUGAGGGGAUUCCUGGUCCCGUUAGGAUGAAAAUGAUCAGGGAUACUGAGCAACAGCAUCUAGUUUGUGAUAUUAAGAGGACGCCAACAGUGUCCUCCUGCACCAUUGGUGAAAUCUAUAAAGGAGACAGUGGAGAAUACUGGUGUGAGAAUGAAGCAGGAGAGAGGAGCAACACGGUCAACAUCUCUGUCAGUGAUGUUCCAGUGAUCCUGGAGAGUCCUGUCCUCCCUGUGGACGAGGGUAACGAUGCCACUCUGAGCUGUAAAAGAAAGGCAACCUCCUCAAACCUGACAGCUGGUUUCUAUAAAGAUGGCGUCCUCAUCAGGAGCAGCUCUACAGGAGAGAUGACCAUCCACAGUGUGUCCAAGUCUGAUGAAGGACUCUACAAGUGUCACAUCUCUGGAGCUGGAGAGUCACCAGAGAGCUGGAUGGCUGUCAGAGCUGGUUCAGUGAUCCUGGAGAGUCCUGUCCUCCCUGUGGAAGAAGGCAACAACGUGACUCUGACCUGCAGGAAGAAGAUGUCUUCUUUACACCUGACAGCUGGUUUCUACAAAGAUGGCGUCCUCAUCAGGAGCAGCUCUACAGGAGAGAUGACCAUCCACAGUGUGUCCAAGUCUGAUGAAGGACUCUACAAGUGUCACAUCUCUGGAGCUGGAGAGUCACCAGAGAGCUGGAUGGCUGUCAGAGCUCAUCACAGAGAGACUUGUCCCUGUUCAGACCUCUUCAUACAUGUCGUCCUCGUCUUAAGGACGGUGUUCACCAUAGUGAUGGUGCCUCUGCUGCUGCUGCUGGUGGGACUGCUGCACUGUGGCAAACUCACAGUUACAGUUGCACAAACAUAACUGAUACUCAUGUAUAAAGGGACAAAGGUCAUCAAGAUAAUGAAGCACAGAGCGUCCCAUCAUGCUCACGGUCUGAGAAAUCUGGCAGGUCUUCAGGAUGUUGUUCACCUUUAAUCUUCACUUGUUUAGUUUUUGUAUAAGUUGUGUGUGACUGUGAGGUAUCGAACCUCUGUGUCACAUGUUCAUACCUGCAGUGACUGUUGGUCUUUCUCAGAAACAGAAAAGUUUAAACCACAGAGGCACUGAUGCAUCAACUAUUUUUAAAAACCGAGCUCUCUGUUUUUAAAGUAUAUGCUGCUGCGUCUUUAGUUUUAGACUCGACAGCUGCUGGUGAUAAUUUGAGCCUCUCGGACACAAACCACACGAGACAAUACAUGUGAUGUGUGUAGAGAGGCGUUCAGGAGGCUCUGCUGAAACAACAAUGGUUUGUACAGGUUGAUAAUUUAAGAGUUAACUUGUGCCUUGAGGAAUCUGUAUCAUCUUCAAACCAACGUUUGAAGCAGCCUGACACUUGUUUUUAUCUUUAUUUAAAACAGGAAACAGAUUGUAUCACAGAGCUGUAAACUGAAGAAAGAAUAUUGAAACAGUUUAAUUCAACAAUAUUUUGAAGCACAAUAAAUGGUUAAAAAAGUCAAAGAAUGUGCAGACGUCACUCAAAGUAUUGUAUAAACACAGAACUAUAUCUUCAUGGGUUUAUUUUUUCAUAAUUAUUUACUGAGCUUAAGGACAAAUGCUGUAAACAUUAGCGCCAACAUCAGGUAUUUUGUCUCUCUAUGACACAAACACACACAAUAAGGACACCUGAAGCCAUGUUAAACAUCAGAUUUGAUUUGAUUUGAUUUAAAAAACAACAUAAAAACAAGAAUCUUGAAAAAUGACCACAGUGAUACGACCUCAUCAAAGUCACGUCUGUGUUACAAACUGGAGGUUUUCAAUGAAAAAAAAUGUUUUUCUGCACUGAUUCUGAACAAAGCAGGGAGUUUAUAUACAACAUGAAUGGAGUGUUCACACUGAAUGCAGCGUUGAAGAAGAAAUGUUAUAGAAAAUAUUUCUGUUUUCCAUGUUAUUUAUAAAGGAUAGUCUCACAGGACAAAUAGGAAAUGUUUUGAAACUUGAUAUGUGUCAAUGCAAAUAUUGUAAAAGUAAGAACAAACAUCUGUCUUUUUAUCUCUCGACACACACACACACACACACACACACACACAAGCAGAGUAAAGAUAUCUAAAUUCACAUUAAACAUUAGAUUUAAUACAAAACACAUAAUAACAAGAAUCUCUUCAGCUCUGAUCAGUCUGCUGUGGAAACAUGACAGUGAUGCAACGUUAUCAAAGUGACAUUUGUGUUACACCUUUUUUUUUUUUACAGUGUAAGGUUUAAUAAUUGAAGAGCAGUUAUUCAAUAAAAACAUUUUUCUCCAUUGAUUCUAAACAAUUGAUGAAGCUUAAAUGACCCUCUGAGACAAAGCCAUCAGCAGAGUCAUUUUUACUGAGUUUUUACUGAUAAACUGGAAGAGGUUUCUUUGUAAAAAAAAAUAUAUAUAAACUAGUCCAUAGCCACUGGUAGCUUUGUCACCUUCUACCUAUGCCAAUCCUCAAUGCCUAUGUGCAGUUUCACAUAGAUUGACCACGUCAGUGAGUAGAAAAACGUGGGACAGACAGAAUGACUGACUGACAGAAUGACACACUGACAGUUUCCGUGAUUAUGUACAGCAUACCAUACCAUGACUUAGUCAUACCAAACAUUAGAAACAACACCAACAUUGGUCCACAGGGGGAGCCACAGCGAUCAGUCGCAUUUUAGCCAUUUUGAAGCAUUUUUCUGUUGUUAUAGCGCCACCCAGUUGCCAAUUAGAGUUAAAUUUCUCCAGUCACCUUGAGGCGUCCUGUUCUACAUAUCUACCAAGUUUAGUAAAAAUCCAUAUGGCGGUUAGGCCUAGAUAAGAAAUGAGCUCUCUAGCGCCCCCAU